UAGCCAUUGACCAUUCAGGAACCAGGGCUAAUCAUGCCCGGAAGGGAUACAUUAAAAAUACAUUUUAACAAACAAAAUCGAAAAACAAGGCUCCGAACUCAAUGUCGAGUCUUUAACCUCGAAAUUGGCCGAUUUCCACCGCCCCAUCUGAUAAGCGCCAAUCUGCUCCGAGACGAUCCUCUUCCGGCCGGAAGGGAAACAGUGGACUCCAGCACUCCAACCGACAACACCUCCCCUCCAGGUCCUCGGCCCUGAUAUUGGCCAUGCAGUCCAUGCCAUUGCUCCUGCGGCAAUCGCUUCGGUCCAGCCUACAACUCACGCGCACAACCGCCCGACCAGUGCAAGUGCCUCAUCUCCGCCCGACACCUCCGAGCGCUUUUCCCGCGAAGUCGACAACUCGGAGCUUCUCUGCCUGCCUUCAAUGCCAGUUUCGACGGCUGCCGGGGUCAUACUCCCCUAUCGACGAGAAGGAUAAGACAGCAGCGGAGAUAGAGAAGAUCGUUCAGGCUUCGAGGGAGGGUGUUGUGCCUGAUGGUGUUCCCGGCACGGCUGCGGCUGCGGGGAGUCCUCGUGUGAGCUCCACGGAGACCGAGGUGCCUCCAGCAGCACAGACACAGACGAAGAUAGAUGAUAAGAUAUUACUGGAGGGAAAUGGGUCUGAGGGAGUGCAGGGAAAGGCGCAGAACACGAAUGCUGAGGGCACGCAGAAAGGCGGGUUACCCUCUUACUUGGAGGACCGCCGGUCACAAUUGUCGAAGCAAUUCACAACGAUGAUGGAUAACCUGCAAUCCAAUGUCUUCGUAGCUGGGCAGCGUCUGAAUGACUUGACUGGCUACUCCGCCAUUGAGACACUCAAAAAGGAGAUACAAAUACAAGAGGCCCGACUCCGUACAGCUCGUGCACAUGUCCGCAAAGCCAAGGAAGACUACACAUCUGCAAUCAACAACCGCUCCACCUCCCAGCGCGAAGUCAACGAGCUUCUCCAGCGCAAGCACGCCUGGUCCCCAACAGACCUGGAGCGCUUCACCCUGCUUUACCGCAACGACCAUACCAACGAGGUCGCCGAAACAGAAACGCAAGAGGCCCUGUCCCGCGCGGAACGUGAGGCGGAAGAGGCCGCCGCAUCCUUGAAUAAGAGCAUUCUCUCCCGUUACCAUGAAGAGCAGGUGUGGUCUGACAAAAUCCGCCGGAUGAGUACCUGGGGUACAUGGGGUCUGAUGGGUAUGAACGUUCUGCUCUUCCUGGUCUUCCAGAUUGCCGUUGAGCCCUGGCGGCGCCGCCGACUCGUCAAGGGUUUCGAGGAUAAGGUCGUUGAAGCGCUGGAGAAGGAGAAGAGCCUGAACCGCCUUGAAGGUGGUGUUUCCUCGUCCGCUGCCUCGGCAAAUCUCCCCGAAGUCAUCGAUUCUACUGUCGAGUCCUCGAUUGCCUCGUUUGAGUCACCUACCGCAGAGACUGAGGAGCCUGCUGUUAUACCCGUGGUUCCUGCGGCGGAAGCCUCACCUCUUCCCGAACCCAUCGUUGAACAAUCUCUCUACUCUCGUCUUGCUGGCAUCACCUUGUCUCCAAUGUCUCUUGAAUAUUGGCGGCAGGUCUUAGAUGAACUCUUCAGUGAACGCGCCGUGGCCAUCUCACAGCGUGAUGUUACCGUGGCUGCUAUGCAAAGUGCCGCAGCCGGUGCAGCCGUGGUGGGCCUGGUGAUUGCUCUGGUGAGACCUCGGUAAAUAGAUAGCUCUCAAUUGUGUAUAUGACAGACUAUGGGAUCAGCGGGACUGUAUCUUUCCUCUAGAAUCCCGAUCUUGUCAAUUCUUCACAUACACCUAUGAGCCAUUUGGCCAAUCAUGUACAGACGGAGAGAUAGAUCGAAGUGAGUAUCCAGACUCACAUGUACUAUAUUUGAAAUCAUUUCCAUUUUGUGAGCGCAAAUCGUUAUAUAACGUCAUGAACGGACGUCACACUAUGACUACGAAUAGAGAUGUAGUGGAUCUUCCAUCUAAUUAAGAAGCUGAUUCUCAGAAGCACAAAGGAAAUUUCAUGACUAGGCAAUACACGGGACGAUAUAAACACAAGUAUGUACUCAAGAAGGCCGGCGGGAUGAAGUCCUGCUCAUAGCUGCUUUACAGCUAAGAACCAGAAUGUCACUCCUGGAGGUCAACCUUGGAGACCGAGGACACAGGGGGGGAAAAAGAGGCUCAUUUUUUGUCCAUAUUAAAACACGGUCUCUUAAUCUUGACAAGACACACGGCCGCUCUGUCUAAAACAAAAGGAAAAUAAAGAUCACACAAGCACAUACACAGACAAGAUCGACCCAGUCCAGUCAUCAUCUUGACCACCCCAUCCUCACCUUUCCCGGUCUAAAGAAACAAGUUUCCCACCAUGAUUGGCAUAGGUGGGUUCUUUCGGGUUCUAACGGAAUCAAUCACGAGAGAGAUAACGGAAGGGAUUGGAUUCGUUUAACCGAUGACGAGAGUCUCGUCCUCGGGGAAGCUGUAUUGGGGAACCUCGAGGUUCAGGGGAGCGGGACCCUUGCGGAUACGGCCAGAGAUAUCGUAGUGGGAGCCGUGGCAGGGGCAGAACCAGCCGCCGUAGUCACCGGCCUCACCGAUGGGCACACAACCCAAGUGGGUGCAGACACCCAGCAUGACCAGCCAUUCGGCGCGCUGCACACGCUCGUCAUCGGACUGGGGGUCACGGAGGGACUCCCACUUGGUCUCGCGGGCCUCGGUGAUCUCCUCCUGGGUGCGGUGGCGGAUGAAAACGGGCUUACCACGCCACUUGAUGAUAACCUGGAUAAGAGAGACGGAUGUUAGGGAUCAUAGGACUUGAAGGCGAAAGGGGAUUUCCGAGUGUUCGACGUACGUUCUUGCCCUCAGGGAUGGCACCAAGAGCGAUCUCGACCUUGGCCUGGGCGAGGACGUCGGCGGAGGCGGACAUGUUGACGAGGAAGUCUGAGUAAGAAAGCACACGGUCAGUAUGGAAGUUCCAAGCUAUACCUUGUGCACAACCGUUUCCCUCAUUCACUUCAAUCAUCCACAGAUAUUUCCAUCCCAUCCCCCCAAAAGAAUAUAAAGGUUUCACCUACCCUGAACAGUCGCCUUGGCGCCAACAGCGGUAGCCAGACCCAUAGUACCGGCCAUGAAGUAGGAGAAGACCUGGUUAGAGCGAGGAGCAUUGCUGGACUGAUAUUUGCUGAAAUUGGGGAUCUUCAGGGUCGAGCCACGUUCCUUAGCGGUGGCGAAGGGGCUCUCGAACGAGGCCUUCGCAUCGGCGACUCCCCUCCGCUGCUGGCAGGAGGUGACGGCGGCGCGGGAGGUGGACAGCUGCUGGCGGGCGCAAGUGCGCAGCAGAGUGCUGGAAGCGGAGGAGAGCGACAUGGUGAUGCAAUUGACCACAGAGUGGGAUGUUGGACCACAAUUGCGUUGCGUCGAGUGGAGGGCGGGUGAGAAGAGGGAGGGAG